UUUCCCCUUUAUAUCUUUCUCUCCUUAUUUGUGCCAUCUCAAUUUUUCAUUCCACAUUUCAUUUGCUAGUUACCACAUUUCUUACAAUCUAUUCUGAUCGAUUGCUAUUCUUCUCACCCAUUUAUGCCAUAUCAUGUCUUGUUUUGCAUCGAAACUUUCUGGAUUCCGGUGGCUUCAAACCAUUCCCUUUCGGAACCUCUGUGUCGGGUGCAAUGGCGGUCAUUAACUUUUUUUUUUUCUUUCAAUUUCUGCUUUCUAUUUUUUUCUUAAACAUGCCCCGGGUUUUACUUUUAGUUAAAUUUUCAUAAGAGUUGGCCUUUUCCGUGAAAUUUAGAAUUGUACUGUUUCCAGUCUAUUGAACAUCAGAAAUCAGAAUCCAUCAUUUUCGUUUUUCCGUUGUUCAAUUGAAGAUUAAAGAGGGAAUGAACUUGGUUAGACGUGAUUGAGGGGACAAGUCCUUUUCAGCAGGAUUAGAGGGAAGAGACUAAAAAUGGUGAAAUCAACAUAUGAAACAUUUUCAAAGGAUUUUGUAAUGGGAGGAGCAGCAGCAAUCAUAUCAAAGACUGCUGCAGCACCAAUUGAGAGAGUAAAGCUUUUAUUGCAAAACCAAGGUGAAAUGAUUAAAAGAGGACAGCUCAAAAGACCAUACUUGGGCGUGUCUGAUGGCUUUAAGAGGGUCUUCAUGGAGGAGGGUUUGAUUGCCUUUUGGAGAGGUCACCAGGCCAAUGUUAUCCGAUACUUUCCCACACAAGCUUUCAAUUUUGCAUUCAAAGGUUACUUCAAAAGCAUUUUUGGGUGUUCCAAAGAGAGAGACGGGUACAUUAAGUGGUUUACUGGGAAUGUGGCUUCAGGCAGUGCUGCAGGAGCAACAACUUCACUUCUACUAUAUCAUUUAGAUUAUGCACGUACACGAUUGGGCACCGAUGCAAUAGAGUGCCGCGAUACCAGUCAGCGACAGUUCAAAGGACUAAUUGAUGUAUAUAGGAAGACCUUAUCAAGUGAUGGAUUUGCUGGAUUGUACAGGGGAUUUGGCAUUUCUAUAUGGGGAAUUGCCAUGUAUCGAGGGAUGUACUUUGGGAUCUAUGACACCAUGAAGCCUAUUGUUUUAGUUGGGCCAUUUGAGGGGAACUUUCUUGCUAGUUUCUUCUUAGGGUGGAGCAUCACAACUUUUUCAGGGGUUUGUGCAUACCCUUUUGAUACAUUGCGGAGGAGAAUGAUGCUUACCUCUGGACAUCCAAACAAGUACCGUAAUUCAAUACAUGCAUUUCGUAAUAUUGUUGGACAAGAGGGUUUCUCAGCUCUAUUUCGAGGAGUUACAGCAAACAUGCUUCUUGGUAUCGCAGGAGCUGGGGUGCUUGCUGGAUAUGAUCAGCUGAAUAGCAUCUCAUCCAGACAUAGUCACUAUAACGAGACAAAUCAAAGAGUUUUGAAAUGAAUGGCGGAUUUUGUAAAGGAGAAAACGAUAGUAUAGAAAAGGAAAAUUCAUCAUCUAGAAUGAAUAUUAUGCCUGUUUGUUUCCAAGGAUUGAUCUGAAGGAUCAUAACGGAGGUAUUUGUUCUGUAAAGUUUAAACUGAUCUAUAGUUCCAUAAGUAAUCACAUUUAUCAUGUCCAAAAGUUAUGUGGUUUCUUGAAGGGAGUAUUGCAUUUUGGGACCUUAAAAGUCAUAUUUAUCUUAUAGAAUGAAUACUGGGGUAUUGAUUCUAAAAAUCUGGUCUCAAGGACCAUGAAUGGAGAAACUUUUGGACAUGGUGGCCAAAGGCAUUUGUUCUUGAACCGAACGGGUUCGAUCCUUGAACAAGGUAUACUUGAUUUUUAGGUCCUUUAAAUAAAUUCUGCCCUUUUAGUGGUGAAGUUUAGAUUUGAUAGAUUUUACUGCCUCAAUGUAAAUGUAACUUUUGAUGUUUAUUUAUCUUGGGAUUGGAUUGGUUCAAGCAUAGGGAAAUGCUAUUUAAUAACUUUUUAGGGUUGCAAAAGCAGUCAACCCACCUGUCUGUAUAUAAAGAAUGGUGUUCAUAUGGAGUA